AAUUCAGCUAUUACACUUUCAGUGUAGAUACAAUAGCUGAGUAUUUCUCGUUUCAGCAUGGAGAGCUUGUUUAAAUGUUUAUUGGUUAUUACUUUAUGUUCAAUUGGAAAUCUUGAAAAGCCAAACGUUAAAAUAAGAGUUACAGAAAAUGGACUACGUUUCAUUAACGAUUUUGCACCGGAUAUAAUCAUGGAGGCAUUAAGAGAGAUAAAGUUUCCGAAUAUUGGAGAGAGUUCUUAUGGAUUAGAAGCAGAAAUAUACAAUAUAAGACUGGUUGAAAUACCUAAAAGACUGGAUGUUGAUAUUUAUACUGUUGAAGGAGUUGGCUUACAAAUUUACGUACGAAAUGUGUUCAUUAAGAUUCGGUCUGAUUAUUCUUAUAAGUUUUGGUCUAUAAGUUCUAGCAAAGGAACGAUGGAUGUUGAUACAGUAAAUUUUGGCGUGAAAGUUUUAAUUUCUAAUGAUAAUAGUAGUGGAAAACCAUCACUUCAAAUUACUGAAUGUACUUCGUCAGGAGAUGUUGCUAUUUCUUUUGGUCAUGAUAUUGGAUCUGUUUUGAACAUAAUCACAACGAUAUUCCGCAAAGAUUUGGUCAAUUUAGUUAAAAAUUCGAUAUGUACAACUGGUAGAGAAAAAAUUAAUGAUGUCCUUAAGCGAUAUUUGCCAAAUGCUAAAUUUCCGGUGAAUAUUGAUUCAAAAAAGUACUCUUUUAGCUUAAGUUUAACGGAACCAGUCACUUUUAAAAAAGAUUAUUUUGAUAUAAAGGAAAGGGUAGAGCUAUUAGAAUUUAACUCUCAAUCGAAAUAUCCUGUCGCACCACCUCAAAUACCUGAUAUGGACAAUAAUGUUUCAAAAAUGGUCUACUUGGUUUUAUCAAGCCAUGUUAUUAAUUCUGCAUCAUACUCACUAUUUAGAGCUGGUGGAUUGUCGAUAAGAAUAAGCAAAAAUUCUCCAUUUAUUCCUCCAGAAAUGAAAAAAUACUUUCGUUCAACUUGCCAAGAGAAUGAAAUAUGCUUGGGAAAUUAUCUUCAAACAAUAAAGACAAAAUAUCCUAAUCACUCUUUGUCGUUAUUUGUACGAGCACUCAGACAGCCAACUGUUUCAAUAAAUAAUAAUGAAAUUAACUUGAAAUUACAAGUUGCAAUUGAUUUAGAAGUUCAAAAGGAUAAGAUGUACUUUAGCAUCCUUGAAUCAAAAGUGAAUUCAUCUAUUGAUUGCGUACUAAAUUUAGCUGGAGACGGUGUUGACCUUGAUGUUACCGAUAUAAGAGCAAAAUUUGUAGUUGAUAAAACAGAAAUUAGUUUCUUUAAGUAUGGUUCAUUCCUAAUAAAUGGUUUGGCAAAAACAUUCUUCCAAACUGUCUUAAUUCCUGAAAUUAACGCUCAAGGACCAUUUCAAAUUCCAAUUAUACAAGACAUUCUUAAGAUUGGUAAUUUAAAGCUCGUCAACACAGGACAUAAAGAUAUUUUAGCAGUUGGUGGAGAUCUGACGCUAGGAAUAGAAUUAAAAGAACUUUAA